AUGAAAAGGUAUUUAGCUCUGGCAGUAACUAAAGCUACUAGGAACGGCCAGCCGUUGAAGCAAGGCUCACAGUUUGUAGCUCACAGCGUUUCAGCUUUCAGUACAGGCCGAUCAAAUGCUGUAGAGCACAAGCAGGUGUGGAACAAUUCAGACGUGCAUCUUGGCACCGAAGAAAAGUCAACGCACGGUAGCAAUGAGGAUGAGGGAUUACCGUGGUAUUUGCGCGAUGAUAUAGCUUCGAGUAGUAUUGAGAAAAAGGUAGUCGAGCUUCCUCCCGUGCCUGAAGGAGCGCCGUCGACUGUCGCUGAAUUUUUAAAUCUCUUAAGUAAUGACUAUGGGUUGAGAGAUAUUCAACUCUUUGAUUUACGCAAGACUGAUUCAGAUGAAAAUAGGUAUGCUUCCGAGGAUAGAUUAUGUGACUUUGUUAUCAUAUGCACGGGAAAGUCAGAGAGGCACAAUUAUAAGGCAGCAGAUGAGAUGAAAAGAUACAUUAAGCAUGAGCAUAACCAUUUAUCAAAAUUAGAGGGUUUGGUGUCGGGUGUAACUAGCCCCGUAGAAAGAAGAAGAAUGUUAAGGAGAGCAAGAAAAGGGCCUCUUGCAACUGAUAACGACUAUGGUAAGGCCCCCAAUAGCUGGGUUAUGUGUGAUACCGAAAUUGACAACAUUAUUGUUCAUAUACUUACGAAGCAAAGGAGGGAAGAGCUUAAUUUGGAAUCUUUGUUUACCUCUCAAGAUGAAACUGGAGACACCAAGAGAGAUGUAUCCAACUUAACAUCAGAUAAUAUAUUUAGUGGAAUCAGACGUCAUUUCCAUACCAAAAGUGCAUUUCAUGAUGAGAAAUCGAUAGCUUCAAGUGCUAGUUUGAAGGAUUUGGUAAAGAAUUUAUUGAACGAACAAAGUGCAAUCUCGACUGCAAUACUUUAUUCGUACCUAGGUAAAUGCGAUGCGCUAUUCGAGAAUCCAAGUCUUGAUGAUUAUAAUGUGAAGUAUGAACUUUAUAAAGCAAUGCAUUUAAUAAACCCUGAAGUGGUCUCUUUCGAGAAGGCGGAGUCAGCAAUAUUAGAAAAAUAUAGCUCUUUGCCUAUUGCAUUGAACAGUGACGUAGAUUUUGAAAAUGAAAGGUUGAACGACGUUUUGAAGUAUAUGAAGCUUUUAAUCGAUUCCCCAGAACUCAGAGCUCAGUUCGAGGAAAAUAAGUAUUUAUAUUGUGAUGCAUUGUGCGAUAAGCUAUCAGACUUCGUUUCUGUUUUGUUUCGAUUUUCAAAUCAACAGUUGAACCUUGCGUCCCAUCCGGAAUUCAUUAUGUUGCUUUGGCAUUUGUCCUAUAUUGAAAUAGGGCAUAAGAUUAUUGGGUCAAGAGAUAUUGAUGAGGUUCUUUACGGAAAUCAGCCUCUAGAAUCAAAAGAUUCUAGCCCCUCCAUAGCUCAAGCAGGUAAUAGAGCAAGAGAUAUCCGAGAUCUUAUAAAUAUAUACAAUGAAGUUGCCGACUAUUUUCCUACUAUGUCGCUUAAAGAAUUGCAACUUUUUACCUACGGUAAUGCAGGAAACUGGCCGAAAUUCUGGAGGGAGUGGGAAAUAUCUUUCAAUUUGAUCCCUUCGCAAGUGUCCAAUUCAGGUACUCUCGUACGGAACUGGGUCAGAAUAGCAAUUUAUUUAGCAAUGCGGAAUGAUAAGACUGCUCUGCUUUACUUUCUUAAUAACUAUUGGUCUAACUCCACCUCUAUUGCUCGUUCUUUUAUCAGAGAUUUCAAGACGAACAACGAAACAUUUAAUUCGAAGAAAGAACAAAAAAGCUUUCAGGAAGCUAUCACUAGAAUACUCAAGUUGGUUAGUCGAGACGAGCAUCCUGGUUUUCCUCAUGUCAGGGCUUUCAUAGAGGAACUCAAUUAA